AUGCCAGUCAACCUUGUUUUACCACCUCCUUUUAUUAUACCCACGGUUCCUUUGGUUGGCUUGCACUGUGCACAGCUGGGACUCGAUUAUGUCUUGUUACGAAAAGCACGACGCGGCAUGACACCGAUACGAGUGAUGAUUGGAGGCGCACAUAUCAUUGUCCCCAUGGUGAUUGCUACCCGACAUGAUGGAUGCAAUCUUUUCUUGGCCGCUCUACCAUGGUUCUAUGCAGCUUACAGUGCUACUCUACCGCUGGAGAAAUUAAGUGUACGCGAGUGGAUGGAAUCCUUCAAUGCCAUCGUGUUGGAUGUACCAGAUACAAUGCGGGCUCAACUUGCUGAGGAACCUGAUCGGAUCAAGCACGUGGAUGCACGUGGUACACGUCAAAAAGGUGUCAUGCGAAUUGCUCGUGGUGUUAUCAAGCUUGCGCUCAUGCAUUACUGCAUUGAUCAAUUACUACCAAACGACUCAGCAUCGAUGUUGACGCUUCCAUGGUUCCAUCCAUCCAGUCUCGGUUAUACUUUAUUGUACGGAUGCAAGGCUUACACAUUCCUUGGGGUGGCAGAUGUCGGAAUGGGAAUCCAACAGCUUAUCUUGGGUUUACCCCAAAUCGAUUUAUUCGAUGCUCCCAUGCUAGCAACAAGCCCAAAGGACUUUUGGAGCCGGCGCUGGAGCCGACCGGUGCGUAACCUUUUCCAUCGCAUCUUUUACCAAAGCGAAUCGAUAUCCACAACCAAUCGGCGGGGAUUUAUGGCCUUUCUUACCAGUGGGAUCAUGCACGAGCUUUUGGUCAUGUGCCUUUGUCGACGACUGACGCUCGAGAAUAUAGCGUUCUUUACAUUGCACGGAUUGGCAGUAAUGGCACAGGUUUCUUUAUCGAAGCGAUUACCAGAGUCUAUCAUCAAAUCAACAGCCCUGCCUAUGGCACGUUUUGGAUGCAUCAUUGGAAACCUUGGCUUUUUUGCUAUUACAGGUCGUCUCUUUCUUGCUCCUUAUCUUCGCCAUUAUGCAUCCUCUUCUUAA